GAAGAGCAUUCUUGCGUUGAAUGGAUCGGAAUUCAAUGUUGAUUAGUCAUUUUCUGAACUUCUUUAGUUAACAGUUAAUCGGCAUGUUUAGUAAGCGGACGUCAUCAGACAUUAGCUAAUAAUAUUGCCUACAAAUAGGAUGGUGGGGCAGUAUCGAACGUAGAGGUACGUUGGGAAGUUAUAACUUACGACGUAGAAGGCGGUAGAAGGCAGAAGGUUCUGACGGAAGGUAACUGAGCGGCGUUGCUUGUAGUAACGUUACAGUAAAAAAUGGCUACUUCGGAUUCGAAGGCGCCGUUGCGUACGGUGAAGCGGGUACAAUUUGGUAUUCUCUCGCCAGAUGAAAUCCGUCGCAUGUCCGUCACAGAUGGCGGAAUACGCUUUCCAGAAACUAUGGAAGGUGGGCGUCCAAAACUGGGUGGUCUUAUGGAUCCAAGACAGGGUGUUAUUGAUAGAAAUUCCAGAUGUCAAACAUGUGCUGGCAAUAUGACAGAAUGUCCUGGCCACUUUGGUCACAUAGAUCUUGCAAAACCAGUAUUUCAUGUAGGAUUCUUAACAAAGACUAUAAAAAUACUAAGAUGUGUAUGCUUCUAUUGUUCCAAGUUGCUUGUCAGUCCUCACAAUCCAAAAAUAAAAGAAGUGAUAAUGAAAACAAAGGGACAACCACGAAAAAGACUCACACACAUUUAUGAUCUGUGCAAAAGCAAGAAUAUUUGCGAAGGUGGAGAUGAAAUGGAUAUUAAUAAGGAGAAUUCAGAGAACCAGCCACCAGUGGAAAGAAAACCUGGUCACGGUGGCUGCGGCAGAUACCAGCCUAAUCUUAGGAGAUCUGGUUUGGAUGUAACCGCAGAGUGGAAACAUGUGAAUGAAGAUUCGCAGGAAAAGAAAAUAGUGCUUACGGCCGAGAGAGCCUGGGAAAUCUUGAAGCACAUUAAAGACGAAGAAUCCUUUAUUCUGGGCAUGGACCCAAAGUUUGCCCGACCUGAUUGGAUGAUAGUCACUGUGUUACCAGUACCACCAUUGUCAGUGAGACCAGCAGUGAUUAUGUAUGGCUCCGCCAAAAAUCAAGACGAUUUGACUCACAAACUGGCAGACAUAAUAAAAUCAAACAACGAGCUAUUACGCAACGAACAGUCCGGUGCAGCUGCGCACGUGAUAUCGGAGAAUAUCAAAAUGUUACAAUUCCAUGCAGCAACAUUGGUCGACAAUGAUAUGCCCGGCAUGCCCAGAGCGAUGCAGAAGUCUGGUAAACCGUUGAAAGCUAUCAAGGCUAGAUUGAAAGGGAAAGAAGGUAGAAUAAGAGGUAAUCUGAUGGGGAAGCGUGUGGACUUCUCCGCGCGUACCGUCAUCACGCCAGAUCCCAACUUGCGGAUCGAUCAAGUGGGCGUGCCGCGCAGUAUAGCACAGAACUUGACAUUCCCAGAGAUUGUAACACCUUUUAAUAUCGACAAGAUGCAGGUACUGGUUAGACGCGGCAAUUCGCAAUAUCCCGGCGCGAAAUACAUAGUUCGCGACAACGGUGAGAGGAUCGACUUGCGUUUUCAUCCGAAAUCGUCUGACUUGCAUCUACAGUGUGGCUACAGAGUGGAACGACACAUCCGAGAUGGUGAUCUGGUGAUUUUCAAUCGCCAACCGACUCUGCACAAAAUGAGUAUGAUGGGUCAUCGCGUAAAGGUGUUACCGUGGAGUACAUUCCGUAUGAAUCUGAGUUGCACAUCGCCCUACAACGCGGACUUCGACGGCGACGAGAUGAAUCUGCAUGUACCGCAGUCGAUGGAGACACGCGCGGAGGUGGAGAACAUCCACGUGACUCCCCGGCAAAUUAUCACACCGCAAGCGAACAAACCCGUCAUGGGAAUCGUGCAGGAUACCUUGACGGCUGUGAGAAAGAUGACAAAGCGCGACGUCUUCAUCGAGAAGGAGCAGAUGAUGAAUUUGCUUAUGUUUCUACCCAGCUGGGACGGCAAGAUGCCACAGCCGUGUAUCCUGAAGCCAAAACCGAUGUGGACCGGUAAACAACUGUUCUCGCUCAUCAUUCCGGGAAAUGUGAAUAUGAUACGAACGCACAGCACACAUCCGGAUGAAGAAGAUGACGGCCCAUACAAGUGGAUCUCUCCGGGUGACACCAAAGUCAUGGUGGAGCAUGGCGAACUCGUGAUGGGUAUUCUUUGCAAAAAGACGUUGGGUACAUCUGCUGGGUCUCUUCUUCAUAUCUGUAUGUUGGAGCUGGGUCACGAGGUCUGCGGACGUUUCUACGGUAACAUCCAAACCGUAAUUAAUAACUGGUUGUUGCUCGAGGGCCACUCAAUCGGUAUUGGUGACACCAUUGCCGAUCCGCAAACCUAUUUGGAGAUCCAAAAAGCGAUCAAGAAAGCGAAAGAAGACGUGAUAGAGGUGAUCCAAAAGGCGCAUAAUAUGGAGCUGGAGCCCACCCCCGGCAACACAUUACGUCAGACUUUCGAGAAUCAAGUGAACAGAAUACUUAACGACGCUCGUGAUAAGACCGGGGGUUCCGCCAAGAAGUCUCUAACUGAAUACAAUAACCUGAAAGCCAUGGUAGUAUCAGGCUCGAAAGGUUCCAACAUUAACAUUUCUCAGGUUAUUGCUUGCGUGGGUCAACAGAAUGUUGAGGGUAAGCGUAUACCAUUCGGCUUCCGCAAGCGAACGCUGCCGCACUUCAUUAAGGACGAUUACGGUCCCGAGUCACGUGGUUUCGUCGAGAAUUCGUACCUCGCCGGUCUCACUCCGUCAGAAUUUUACUUCCACGCGAUGGGCGGUCGCGAAGGACUUAUCGAUACAGCUGUGAAGACGGCCGAAACAGGUUACAUCCAACGUCGUCUAAUAAAAGCUAUGGAAUCAGUCAUGGUGCAUUACGACGGCACCGUAAGGAACUCCGUUGGUCAGCUAAUUCAGCUGCGUUAUGGCGAGGAUGGACUCUGCGGCGAGACCGUCGAGUUCCAGAACUUGCCCACCAUCAAAGUGAGCAACAAAGCAUUCGAGAAGAAAUUCAAAUUUGACCCGACCAACGAGCGGUAUUUGCGUCGUAUAUUCAACGAGGAAAUUGUCCGAGAGAUGAUGGGCUCCGGCGAAGUAAUCUCCGAACUGGAGAGAGAGUGGGAGCAAUUGAACAGGGACCGCACUGUGCUCCGUGAGAUCUUCCCGAGCGGAGAAUCCAAGGUGGUGCUGCCCUGCAAUCUACAAAGGAUGAUUUGGAAUGUGCAAAAGAUAUUCCAUAUUAAUAAGAGAGCGCCGACUGAUCUCAGUCCUAUGAGAGUGAUUCAAGGCGUAAAGGAUCUUUUAGAUAAAUGUAUUAUUGUCGCUGGCGAUGAUAGACUCAGCAAACAGGCGAAUGAGAACGCAACAUUGCUGUUCCGAUGUCUCGUGAGAUCAACUCUGUGUACAAAAUGCGUUUCCGAAGAAUUUAGACUGUCCAGCGAGGCAUUCGAAUGGUUGAUCGGUGAAAUCGAAACGCGAUUCCAACAAGCUCAGGUGUCACCCGGUGAAAUGGUCGGUGCCUUGGCGGCACAGUCACUUGGCGAGCCUGCCACACAAAUGACCCUGAACACUUUCCACUUUGCUGGUGUAUCAUCGAAGAACGUAACCCUCGGCGUACCGAGAUUGAAGGAGAUCAUUAACAUCAGUAAGAAGCCGAAAGCGCCGUCGCUGACGGUUUUCUUGACGGGCGCGGCGGCGCGCGAUGCCGAGAAGGCAAAGAACGUUCUCUGCCGGCUAGAGCACACGACCCUGAAAAAGGUGACGGCUAACACCGCGAUCUACUAUGACCCGGAUCCGCAGAACACAGUGAUCGCCGAAGAUCAGGAGUUUGUUAACGUAUACUACGAGAUGCCGGACUUUGACCCCACGAAGAUAUCGCCGUGGCUGUUGCGUAUUGAGCUAGAUAGGAAACGUAUGACCGACAAGAAAUUAACCAUGGAACAAAUCGCCGAAAAGAUCAAUGCUGGAUUCGGCGACGAUCUCAAUUGCAUAUUCAACGAUGAUAACGCUGAGAAACUUGUCCUGCGUAUUAGAAUAAUGAAUAGCGAUGACAACAAGUUCCAGGAGACGGAUGAAGAACCAAUGGACAAAAUGGAGGACGAUAUGUUCUUGCGAUGUAUCGAGGCAAACAUGCUCAGUGACAUGACUUUGCAGGGUAUCGAAGCAAUUGGAAAAGUAUACAUGCAUUUACCACAAACAGACGCUAAAAAGCGCAUCGUCAUCACAGAGACUGGCGAGUUUAAGGCAAUUGCGGAAUGGCUUUUAGAAACGGACGGGACGAGCUUAAUGAAAGUUCUAAGCGAACGUGACGUUGAUCCUGUCCGAACGUUCAGUAACGAUAUCUGCGAGAUAUUCCAAGUACUCGGCAUCGAGGCCGUGCGUAAAUCAGUAGAAAAGGAGAUGAAUGCUGUAUUGCAGUUCUACGGUCUCUACGUGAAUUAUCGUCAUCUCGCUUUACUUUGCGACGUCAUGACAGCAAAGGGUCAUCUUAUGGCCAUCACUCGUCACGGAAUCAAUAGGCAAGAUACAGGUGCUCUUAUGAGAUGUUCCUUCGAAGAAACAGUUGACGUGUUAUUGGAUGCGGCUUCUCACGCGGAAGUUGACCCAAUGCGAGGAGUAUCUGAGAACAUUAUAAUGGGCCAGCUUCCACGCAUUGGAACGGGUUGUUUUGAUCUACUGCUGGACGCCGAGAAGUGCAAGGCCGGUAUUGAAAUUCCUAUAGCAGUCGGUGCGGGUGUGAUGGGAUCUGCUGGCAUGUUCUUCGGUAGCGUUCCUGGCAUGUCCAGUAUGAGUCCUCAGAUGACACCGUGGAUGGGAGCUACUCCCGGUUAUGGUGCGUCGAGCAUGUCACCAGCAAUGAGCAGCGGCAUGACGCCUGGAGGUGCAUGUUUCUCGCCCUCGGGCGCUUCAGAUGCAUCGGGCAUGUCUCCAGCGUACUCAGCUUACUCGCCACAACCGGGAAGUCCUGGUAGUCCAGGUCCGAGCAUGAGUCCAUUCCCGAUGUCGCCGGCAGGUGCCGCUUCGCCAAGUUAUUCACCUACUUCGCCUGCGUACCUGCCCACGUCACCCAGUAUGACACCAUCGAGUCCGAACUACUCUCCCACAAGCCCAACUUAUUCACCAACAAGUCCGAACUAUUCACCGACGUCUCCGAGUUACUCGCCGACGUCUCCAAGUUAUUCACCUACAUCGCCUAGCUAUUCACCUACGUCGCCGAGUUACUCACCUACGUCGCCCAGUUAUUCACCAACGUCACCCAGUUAUUCACCGACUUCACCGAGUUACUCGCCCACUAGCCCGAGUUACUCGCCUACAUCACCUAGUUACUCGCCAACGUCACCUAGUUACUCGCCUACAUCGCCGAGUUAUUCACCCACGUCACCGAGUUAUUCACCCACCAGUCCAAGUUAUUCACCGACGUCGCCGAGUUACUCGCCGACGUCACCCAGUUAUUCACCAACAUCACCAAGCUAUUCACCUAGCUCGCCGAACUACACGCCCGCUUCGCCGAGUUAUUCGCCGACCUCGCCGAGCUACUCGCCUAGCUCGCCGCAAUAUUCCCCGGCCAGUCCCAGCUAUUCCCCCAGCAGUCCAAAGUACUCGCCUACUUCCCCAAGUUAUUCACCAACUUCACCGUCCUUCGCUGGCACAUCACCACAAUAUACACCUGCGAGUCCUACGUAUUCGCCUACCAGUCCGACAUAUUCGCCAACCAGUCCGUCGUACUCGCCUAGCUCGCCGCAACACACAGCCUCUGGUAGCACCAGGUACUCGCCAAGCAGUCCGAACUAUUCGCCGACGAGUCCAACCUAUUCGCCUACAAGUCCGCAAUAUUCACCAUCGAGUACCAAGUAUUCACCCACGUCCCCUACUUAUACACCGACAAGUCCAAGUUACUCACCUACAAGUCCGACUUAUUCGCCGCCAGUACCGGGGUACUCGCCCACGAGUCCUACGUAUUCGCCAGCAUCGCCCGCGUAUGAAGCGGACGAUUAACGCUGAUUAUGUUUAUUAAAAAUUGUUUAUUGCUACUACAUGCUGUAUAUAGUGAUCAGUAUUGGGCAUGUACAUUUGUUUAGAAAUGAGCUACUGAUAUAUUUGGUUUUGAUAA